AUGUCAGCACAAAACUUGCUGAACAGUGUAUUCUCUUGCUCAUCCCCGACUGCACCCAAAGUGCUCUCUAAAAAUCGUCUCCGGCAGACACGAAGCCUGGAUCCUGCGAUCAUUCGCAACUACAGCAGCGAUGCAGAAGAACAGUUAUCUUUGAAUUAUGAAGAGCUAACCAUCGGGGCUUCCAUUCAGGGUAACAGGUGGCAAGAGCUAGACUACUAUGCAAUCUCUGAAAACAUGUCUAUGUCAUCGACAGAAUCUACGACUAAAUCAAUCCGUCUUAAGCAAAAACCAGUGCCUCUUGGUUCGUUCUCUACCCCUACAACUCCCCUGGAAAAAUCCUCCUCCACCAGCUUUCACUUCGACUAUGAUAUUAGAGGAAUCAAGAGAAAUACUGCCUGGGACCUGCCUUUCCUGGCUCGUAGCCCUCUGGCUCUCACCCCCAGCGGCAGCACCAACAGCAUCUUCUCCCCCAGAAAGUGGCUACAACAGAAAAAAGUUCAGCCGCAAACUAGCCAGUCCUAUAUUGUUUGGAAGUCAGAGGGUGAUUUUACAUGGAACAGUAUGUCUGGUCGCAGCGUUCGUCUGAAAUCGGUUCCCAUACAAAGUCUUUCUGAGCUAGAGAGAUCAAGACUGCAGGAAGUUGCGUUCUACCGUCUGCAACAAGACUAUGACUUAAGCUGUCAGAUCACUAUUCCCAAAGAUGGACAGAAGAGGAAAAAAUCUUUGAGGAAGAAACUGGAUUCUUUAGGAAAGGAGAAAAACAAAGACAAAGAAUUCUUACCGCAGGCAUUUGGAAUGCCAUUAUCACAAGUAAUUGCCAAUGACAGGGCACACAAGUUAAAGCAAGAUUCUCAAAAGGAAGAACAGAAGGAGGUCUCCGACUUUGUAGCAUCUAUUCUGCCAUUUGGAACAAAGAGACAGAACAAAGAACUCUCUAGUAGUAAUUCAUCUCUAAGCUCAACUUCUGAGACGCCAAAUGAAUCCACAUCUCCCAAUACACCAGAAGCAGCACCCCGGGCAAGGAGGAGGGGUGCAAUGUCUGUGGACUCCAUUACAGAUCUUGAUGAUAAUCAGUCCCGACUCUUAGAAGCUCUACAGCUGUCGUUGCCAGCAGAGACUCAGAAGAAAAAAGAAAAGGAAAGGGACAAAAAACUAAGCCUGAACCCAAUAUAUAGACAAGUUCCCAGGCUUGUGGACAGCUGCUGUCUGCAUUUAGAAAAAAAUGGCCUGCAGACCGUGGGAAUCUUCAGGGUUGGAAGUUCUAAGAAACGAGUACGACAGCUUCGAGAAGAGUUUGAUCGGGGUGUUGAUGUUGUUUUAGAGGAAGAACAUAGUGUCCAUGAUGUUGCGGCCUUACUAAAAGAAUUUCUUAGAGAUAUGCCCGACCCGCUCCUCACCAGAGAACUCUACACAGCUUUUAUAAACACUAUUAUGUUAGAUGCAGAUGAACAACUGUCUACAUUGCAGCUUCUCAUUUACCUGCUACCUCCUUGCAAUUGUGACACUCUACACCGGCUGUUACAGUUUGUGUCUACUGUUGCCAGCCAUGCAGAAGAUACAUUUGACAAAGAUGGACAAGAGAUUACUGGGAACAAAAUGACAUCAUUAAAUCUGGCUACAAUAUUUGGGCCUAACUUGUUGCACAAGCAGAAGUCGUCAGACAAAGAGUUUACAGUUCAAAGUACUGCCAGGGCUGAAGAAAGUACGAUUAUCAUUAGUGUUGUACAGAAAAUGAUUGAAAACUAUGAAAGCCUUUUUAUGGUCCCACCAGAUUUGCAGAACGAAGUACUGAUUAGCCUUUUAGAGACAGACCCAGAUGUCGUGGACUAUUUACUAAGGAGAAAAGCUUCCCAAUCGUCGAGUCCUGAACUGUUACGAUCAGAACGCUCUUUCUCCAUUGAAGGAAGACUCUCAUCAACAGACUCAAACAAAGCUUCAAGUGGCGAUGUUUCACCUUAUGACAAUAACUCCCCUGUUUUAUCAGAACGGUCUGCCAUGGCAAGACAAGAAGAUUUGGCUAACUCAGAGAAACUCUUAAAAGCGUCUGAACAUCACACACUGGUCGAUCACUUACUGUCUAAAACAAGAGAAAGCAAUGUUCCACAGUGGUGUACAAAAGAUAUUCCAGAAGAAACCACCCACAUAUGGGGCACUUGGCAUUCAACACUGAAGUCAACAGCCAAAGAACAAGGAAUGACAGGUUCUUAUGGCAACAUAUACGAAAGCACCUCCUUACAACAAGGACAGAACUGUCUUGCUCAUGGCAACCUGCCACAGAACUGGCCAUUGUACAAAAACUCGUCAACAGAUGUAGACAAUGGAAAACCAAAUAUACGAAGAAUACAUACUUCUUCAGCGAUUCCUGACUACCGUCCUCAUGCUCCGGUGUCACGUUUUUACAGCACUCCUCAGUCAGAAACAGCCAAGAGAAGCUUGGACUAUUUGACUACAUGUAGUGCAGAAGAUAUCACCAAGGAAGAGGCACCAUUGCCCGCUAUUCAGAACAAACCUGCACCUUUAAAUUUAAGAUAUUCUGACAAUAAUAAGAACGAAGCAAGGCUUCCACCCCCAUAUCCUGGCUCAGUAAAACAAGGUACCACCCAACCUCACAGAUCAUCAACAUUUCCAGCUGAGCAGACCUUCUGGAAAUUAUCAAGGCCUGAGACAGUUGUUGGGCCAUCACUGGACAUGACUUCAUCAUCUGAACAAUCUAUUCCACACAGACAGACUUCAUUGAAAAAUUCAUCUAACAACAGUAAUUUAGCUGAGCAUGACUGGCAAGAAUGGCAAAGGGAAAGAUGUCAGAUUUGGAAGCUCUUGUCCACGGAUAACCCUGAUACUCUACCAGAAACAUUAGUAUGAUACAAGAAAAAUCAGUAAGGCAACAAGAUGGACGUAAACCCUGUAGAAUAUAUAGGGACAAAAAUGAUGCUGACAAUUAUUUUUAUACACUUAUAAUCUUAAUGUUAAUCAACCGUUUUUGGGAAAAUCUUUUUUUUUGUUUGCAUUAUAAAUACAUAUCACUGCCAACAAUUAAUUUGUUUAUAUAGCUUACACCAGGAAACAUUGCCGUUAAAUAAUGAGUUGUGUAUGAUAAAAAAUAUACUUCAGUGGCUGCUUUAUGGCAUAUAUAUAUGCAUAACAUUCCUUGAUCGCAUGUCUGUGGGUUAAAUGUAUUAGUAAAUACCUAUUUUUGGCACAUGCAGAAAAGAAAUACCUAUCAGAAUUAGCUUUUUUCCUCACUGCACUUUCUCGUGAACAUUUGUUUAAAUGUAAAUAUUGCACAAGCUGGUUUAUGUGCCUUGAAAAAAAAUAUUUCUGGAAAAGGGAAAAAAAAAAAAAAAAAAAUAACAUCCCACAAUGCUCGGCAAAGUACGUGGAAAAGCCAUAUUGUAGAGUUUCAAACAAUAUAAGUGUUUCAUCCUAUCUUGUAAAUAUUUAUUUAGGUGUAAAGAUGAAUAUAUAUAAUGUGCUUUUAAUUGCCUGGGCUACAAAGUAAUUCAAUGAAUGGAUCAGAUCUGAGGCUCAAAAAUGAUUUGAGCAAAUAUGCUUUGUAAAAUCUUUUAACCCCUCCUGUGAUGCAUUGUCUUGUACAGAAUAUAUUGAUGUAUCUAGCACUGU